AUGAAUUUCCUUAUCUCAUCAGGAAAGAAAGCAAGAAUAGAGUGAUCAACGAGUCGAAUGUUGCUGAGUCGGCUCACCUGACACGGCGAUUCCGAAUGGUGGACGAAGUAACCAUUUUAUCUGCCUCGACAUACGUGGCAGCCUGGCACUGACAAAUCUUCAAGAAUUCAUUCACAGUUGAAUCACUUCUUCAGUUUCCUUCUUUCAAUCCCCGAAUUGCAAAACCCAGAAACCUCGAUGGGAUUGUAGAUACUGUUUUACAAAAUUAUGAGGGGUUUAGGUCUUCACAAACCAUUGGUUUCCAGGCCGAAGCCUCCCUUUUUAGCUUUCCUGGGCACAUUCCCCUGCUGUGCUAAUUUCUCCGGACCCUCUACCUCACCUUCAUCAAGGUGCAGAAAGAUAUCGAGGUUGACGUUGGCCCAUGGCACAGUUCGAGCGCAAGCAUCCAAUGUCCGCAUUGGACCUGGAGAUUAUGAAAGCAAGAAGGAGAGUGAUGGCGAAAAUAUCUUUGGAGGCAGUCCAGUCAAUGAUGAUGAUUCAUCCAAAGUUGUGAAGCAACCUCCUCAGAUCCCUUAUCCUAUCUCUAUAGCUCUUGUGCUAUCUGGAUGUGCUCUUGUAUUUUCGCUGAUAGCUUUUCUGAAAGGGGGGCCUUCAUCAAUUCUCCAAGCCAUAGCAAAAUCAGGAUUCGCUGCUGCAUUCACAUUGAUAUUUGUUUCUGAGAUAGGAGACAAGACAUUCUUUAUUGCUGCACUCUUGGCGAUGCAAUAUGAAAAGGGAUUGGUCCUACUGGGAUCAAUGGGUGCUCUUUCACUAAUGACAAUCCUAUCGGUUGUAAUUGGCCGAAUUUUCCAAUCAGUGCCUGCUCAGUUCCAGACAACUUUGCCAAUUGGAGAAUAUGCAGCAGUAACUCUUCUUUUGUUUUUCGGCCUGAAAUCAAUAAAAGAUGCAUGGGAUCUUCCAUCUGAUACAGUUAAGAGUGAUGAUAACAGCAGUCCUGAACUGGAUGAACUUGCUGAAGCAGAGGAGCUUGUGAAAGAAAAGGUGUCCAAACGGCUUUCCAAUCCACUUGAGAUUGUAUGGAAAUCAUUCAGCCUUGUAUUUUUUGCCGAAUGGGGAGAUCGAUCAAUGCUUGCAACAGUUGCACUUGGUGCUGCUCAGUCUCCUUGGGGUGUGGCGAGUGGAGCCAUUGGUGGCCACUUCCUUGCAACCUCUAUUGCUAUCCUUGGAGGAGCGUUUCUUGCCAACUACAUUUCUGAAAAAUUGGUUGGUUAUUUGGGUGGAGGGCUUUUUCUAAUUUUCGCUGUAGCUACCUUUUUUGGGGUUUUCUGAUCUAUUGUCGCAGAGCCCUACCUGAAUGGCCCCCCAAUAUAGAAACAUGAGCAGAUGUGCGAACACUUACUUGAUGAGGGGAAAAGGGGAUAGAGGAAAUCCAUAGUUAAGCUUAAUUGGAGAAUUCCUUUAGUAGACAUGAGCGUAAAAAAGGAUCGGGAUGGAGAAUAAGAAGCAGGAAAUCUGCCGUUAGAGGCUAGUGUGACGUGAUUCUCACUCUUUCAUUCUCUUCUAAUAUUACAUUUUUUAGUCCAAGGUCACUGUAAUAAUAGGACUAUCUCUAACAAAGAUCCUCUAUCUCUAACAAGCCAAUUUGGUUUUUAUUCUUUGUUGUAAUUUUAUGCAUUGCAUGCGGAUAAUUCGCCGGCUGCUAUGAAUUGAUAUCUGUAUCUUAUCUAUGUUUAUUAUCA